GACGUGAACGACAACCCCCCGCAGGCGUCGCGUCCGUGGUACCAGGCCUCCGUGGCGGAGAACUCCGAUGGGGGCGUCCGGGUGGUGCAAGUGGACGCCUGGGACCUGGACAAUGUGGGUGCCCGCAGCAGGGGCCUCGCGUUCAACAUCGUCAGCGGAGACCCACAGGGAUUCUUCACCAUAAACCGCACAACAGGCGUCAUCCGCACCAGCAGCAGCAGCAGGCGGCUGGACAGAGAGAAGCAGGCGGAGCACGAGCUGGAGGUGUCCAUCGUGGACGGCGGCACGCCCCCGCGUGAAGCGAGGGUGGCGGUGACGCUGAGCGUCUCCGACGAGAACGACAACGCCCCACGCUUCCACCGCAACCUGACGCGCGUCUACGCCGUGGCGGCAACGGAGCCCAAGGCGGUGGCCAUCGCACGCGUCUACGCUGCCGACGCCGACCGGGACGGCAACGGCGCGGUGUCGUACACCGUCCGCGGGUGGCACAACGAUUACUACUCCGAUGAGCACGGAGUCGUCUACAGCAAGAUCAACUCUCACCGUGCGGGGACAUUCCACUCCAUCCUGGUCCAAGCCAGGGACCAGGGAGAACCGCCAACCUUGUCGUCGACAGCCACCAUCCAAGUGGAGUGGAUCUCCAAUCCCCGGCCGCCGAAGAAGCCCGCGACCUUUGCCCGGAGCCGGCACGCGGUCACCGUGGUGGAGACGGCCGCCGUGGGGUCCGUGGUGAUCGCCCUGUCCACGCAGACCACGGGGACACUCCUCUGGUUCAGCAUCACAGGCGGCGACGUGGAGCGCAGGUUCCACGUGACGGAGCACGGCGGCGUGGUGGAGGUGGCCAAGCCGCUGGACGCCGAGCGGUUCUCCUCCUACCAGCUGACCGUCGCGCUCACUGACGGGACCAACGCUUCAACCACCCUGGUGGUGGUGACGGUGCAGGACGUGAAUGACCACCGGCCCCGCUUCUCCCGUGACCUCUACGAGGCGACCGCCACGGAGGAGGAGGAGGCGUCUGCCAGCACCGCCCCGAUCCUGCGGCUGGAGGCGACUGACGCCGACGUCACCGCCCGCCUCUCCUUCUUCCUCGUCGGCUUGGGCGGCGGUGACGCGGUGGAGAGCCUUCGUCGGUUCCGCGUAGACCACGUCACCGGCGAGGUCACCGCCGCCGAGAGGCUGGACCGAGAGGCAAAGCGGAGCCACGUGCUCACCGUCAUGCAGGUGCAGAACGGCAGGGUCCCCGUGAGGCGAGCGUACGCCACGGUGACGGUGAGCGUCGACGAUUCCAACGACCAUGCGCCCGUCUUCGCCGGCGGCCCCUACGAGGCCCUCGUGGCGGAGUCGGCGGCCGUGGGCUCCGCCGUGGUGCGCGUCGUGGCGCUGGACCGCGACGAAGGCCCCAACACCGACGUCAGCUACAGCAUCAGACAUGGAAACGUGGGGAAAUCUUUCACCGUCCACCGCACGCGGGGCGUCAUCUCCGUGGCGAGGAAGCUGGAUGGCUCUGCGGUGGAGGCCUACGAGCUGGUGGUGAGGGCGGGGGACAAGGGGCGCCCGCGCCGCUUCACCAAUACCACGGUCCGCGUCGUCGUCGUCGCCGCCGCCGCCGUGUACGGCACCCGCCCCAAAUUCGCCUCCGGCGGAGUUGGCUACUCGGCGGAGAUCGCCGAAGGGGCCGCGCCCGGGAGCGUCGUGCUCGCGGUCGGCACCUCCGGCUGGUCGAUGGUCACCUUUGAAAUAUUGGAGGGCGAUUCCCAAGGCACCUUCGACAUCCACCCGACGUCCGGGGUCAUCGCCACCAAGCGACCGCUGGACCGCGAGCGGACGCCGUCGUACCGGCUGACGGUGCGGGCCACGGACGCGGCGAGCCUCUCGGCGGACGCGUCAGUGUCGAUCGGCGUGCUCGACGAGAACGACAACGCGCCCGUCUUCGAGCGCCCGCGAUACCGCGGCGCCGUCGGCGAGGAGGCGCCGGCGGGAACCGCGGUCACGGACCCCGACGGCGCCCCGCUCGUUGUCCGGGCCGCUGACGCGGACGACGGCGAGGGGCGCGCGACGGUCGCCUAUCAGAUCGUGGAGCACGAAGCCAGGAAGUUCUUCUCCGUUCACCCGCACACGGGGGCCGUCAGGACCGCCGGCGCCCUCGACCGCGAGACGACGGCCGAGUUCCGCUUCCGGGUGGCUGCGUUGGACGGCGGCAGCCCGAGUCUGUCCUCUGAGGUGCCGGCCGAGGUGACCGUCGCCGUGCUGGACGCCAACGACUGCCCCCCGGCGUUCUCGACGGCCGCGUACGAGACGGCGCUGCACGUGCCGACCCGCGCCGGCGUCCGCCUGCUGACCCUGGAGGCCCACGACCCGGACGUCGGCGCCGCGCUGACCUACCGCGUCGCCUCGGGAAACGUCGGAGGCGCAUUCGCCGUCGACGAGCGCACCGGGGAUGUCGCGGUGAGGAACUCCUCCCUCCUCGCCGCCGGCUACGAGCUCGGGGUCGAGGUGUCCGACGGGAGGUUUUUGAGCGCCGCGCGGGUGAAGGUCUCCGUGUGGGUGGUCGGCGGCAGGCUGCGGGUUCCGCCAAAGUACUCUGUGCGCGUGCUCGAGAACGCCGCAGCGGUCGACGUCGUGGCCACAGUCGUCGCGACGGGGGGAGACCUCGACGAGCCGCUGGCUUUCCGCUUGCUCAGCCCGAGCGGCGCGUUCCGGAUGAGGCGGAGGGCGGGCGUCCUGGAGACGACCGGCGUCGCGUUUGACCGUGAGGAGCGCGACCGCUACGAGCUGCUGGUGGAGGUGAGGGGCGGCUCCCGGGCGCGCCCGGACGUCGCUCACACGACGGUCGAGGUGCACGUCGAAGAUGUGAACGACAACGCCCCGGCGUUCGUCGGCCUGCCGUACCGCGCCGUUGUCGUGGCGACCGCGGCGCCGUGGAGCGCCGUGCUCACCGUCGCGGCCCUCGACCGGGACGUCGGCGAGAACGCCAGGGUGAGGUACUCGUUGAGGGACGACCACGACGGCCGCUUUCACAUCAGCCCUUCGGGCGGCGACGUCUCGCUGACGAAGAGCUUCACCCCGGACGAGUCGGGCAAGGACUUCGUCGUGACCGUCGUGGCGACGGACAGCGGGACCCCUCGGCUGUCGUCCGCGGUCGACGUCACGGUCACGGUGCUCGCUGCGGACGCGCCGGCGUUCGAGAGCCCCUCCUACGUCGCGUGGGUGCCCGAGGACGUCGGGCCGCCCGCGCCGAUCGCUCACGUCCGCGCGACGGCCCCGGAGGGCCUGCCUCUCGUUUUCUCCAUUGUCAACGGCGACCCCUUCGACCAGUUCUCCGUCGACUUCGUCACGGGCGUCGUGAGCGUCGUCGGCCCGCUGGACCACGAGACGCGGGCCGCCCACCGCCUCACGGUGCGAGCCGCCUCCCUGGCGACGGGCUCGCACGCCGACGCGAGCCUGGAUGUCAUCGUCGGGGACGUCAACGACAACCGGCCGUUCUUCGCGCAGGGAACCUACGCCGCCAUGCUGUUUGAAUCUGCGCCCCCGGGGACCUCCGUCGUCCAUGCGAGAGCUGUCGACGUCGACGCCGGCUCCGACCGGGCGCUCCGCUACGAGAUCGUGGACGACGGGGAGAAGGGCGGCGAGGGAUUCUACGUAGACCCCGACAGCGGGCUGGUCGUGACCACGGCGUUUCUGGAUUACGAGCGAAGCCGGCUUCGUCGUUUCUCAGUGAGGGCGACAGACGGCGGCGAGCCUCCCCUUGCAUCCGAUGUCAUGGUGAUCGUCGCCGUCAAGAACGAGAACGACAAUGCGCCGUUGUUCGAGCGGCCGUUGUACGAGGUGUCCGUGGGCAGUCUAGCUUGGCCCGGGAACUUCGUGGCCGCGCUGAGGGCGUUUGAUGCUGACGUGUCGGACGCCUACCGGCUGCGGUACGCCAUCGUCUCCGGUGAUGACGACCCCGCGAACUUCGCAAUCGACGCCGAAACGGGCGUCGUCUCCGUCGCCGCCCGCCCUCAGAAGAAGCCGGCCGCUCGCUACCACCUCCGAGUCUCCGCCACAGAUGGCGCAUUCGUCGCCGAUGCCAUGGUAGUGGUUGACGAGCGGCCCGCCAACCGGCACGACCCCACCUUCGGGCGGGCCCAGUACGUGGCCAAGAUCCCCGAAAACUCCGAAGCAGGAACUCCGGUGGCCUCGGUGCGGGCCACGGACGCCGACGCGGGCGCUUUUGGGCAAGUAUCGUACUCCAUCGCGAACCGGUUCGCCCGCGACCACUUCGCCAUCGACGAGAGCGGGCGGAUCUUCGCGAGGGCGCCCCUCGACAGGGAAGACCCUUUGCAGAGGGCCGUGGACAUCUGCGUCAAGGCCUGGGACGGUGGAGGCAGGGCGGCCUUCGUCACGGUCAAGGUGGUCGUGACGGACGAAAACGACAACGCGCCCCGGUUCAUUGCCGCCGAGUACUCGGGCGGCGUUGCGUCGAGCGCCGCCAAGAGAACUCUGGUCCUGCGGGUCACCGCCACGGACCGCGACGAGGGGAUCAACGCGGCGGUCGUCUACUCGCUCCGGAAGGGGCAGGACCCGGACGCCUCCGAGGACGUCCUGGAGGUGGAGCCCCUGACGGGCCGCGUCUUCACCAAGGGCGGCGGCCUCGCCGGCCUGGAGGGCUCACGGCUGUCGUUCUUCAUCGUGGCGGUGGACGGCGGCGGGCGCUCCGCCGCCGUCCCCGCCUCGGUCUCUGUGCUGCCCGCCGGCUCGGCGGCGCCGGCCUUCGCCGAGGCGGCCUACGAGCUGACGGUCGCGGAGGACGCGGCGGUGGGGAGCGAGGUCGGCGCGGUGGCGGCCGCGCUGGCGGGCGACGAGAUCGCCGCGUACGCCGCGGUGGCCGGCAGCGGCGGCGCGGUGGCGGACGGCGGCGCGUUUGCGGUGGUCGCCGGCGACGGGCGGAUCGUGGUGGCGAGGGCGCUGGACCGCGAGGCCACGGGGAGCCACCGCUUCGAGGUGAGGGCCACGUGGCGGCGGGGCGGAGCCGACGUCACGGCGCAGGUCCCGGUGACGGUGCGCGUGGAGAACGUGGAAGACAACAUGCCUGCGUUUGAGUCGAGCACCUACGAGGCCACCGUGUUGGAGAACCUACCGGCCGGGGUGCUGCUCGUGCAAGUGAGAGCGACGGACCGAGACGGCGGUGCCCGGCCGCUGUACAACUUGGUCGAGCCGCUGGAGAGCGACGCCGGAGGAGCGGAGUCACUCUUCACGGUGGAUGCCGACAGCGGCUGGGUGAGCACGCGGAGCCGGCUGGACUGCGAGGCCCGUGACCGGCACCACCUCCUCGUCGAGGCUUUCGACCCGGCCCGCCCUGAGCGCGCACCGGCCGUCGCCGAGGUGAUCGUCACCGUGAACGAUGACAACGACCACCCUCCGCGCUUCUCGGCCCCGUUGAUCGACGUCCGCGUGCCGGAGGAUGCGGUGCCUGGCCUGGCGUUGGCCGUCAUCCAGGCGGAUGACGCGGAUGCCACGCCGCAAAACCGGAAUCUUACGUACCACCUGACAGGCGGCGACCCGCUGGGCCACUUCUCCCUCGGUCCCGAUAAGAGCGGGGGCAAGUGGCGGCUGCGUCUGGAGCGGCCGCUUGACCGGGAGAAGCAGGAGCGCUACCAUAUGCUGGUGAAGGCCGCUGACGGCACCUUCACGAGGACGGUCGUCGUGGCCGUCACCGUGCUGGAUGUCAACGACAACCGCCCCCUGUGUGACAAGCUGUGGUACAACAUCACUGUACCGGAGGACAUCGCCCAGCAAGUCUUCCUGCUGAGCGUUUCAGCCCGUGACUCCGAUUCCGGCUCUAACGGAACCGUCAGAUACUCGCUGCAUGGUGCCGGAGCGACGCUCUUCCGCUUGGACCCCGUCAGCGGGAAGCUCUUCACGCUGGCGCCACUGGACCACGAGGCCUCCCCGGCCCACGCGCUCGGCGUGAUCGCCACCGACGGGGGUGGCCUCUCCUGCCGGGUGGAGAUCCUCGUGAGGGUGGGGGACCUGGACGACUCGGCCCCGCACUUCCCCGUGGGGUCACCCCGUGCCGUCGCCCUGCACUGGAGCGACGCCAACGUGGGGAUGGUGGUGACGAGCAUGCACGCCGUCGACUCCGACCUGGGCCCCCACCGCAGGGUCACUCACUCUCUGCUGAACUCUGCCGGCGACCGCUUUGCCAUCGACGGCCGCUCGGGCAUCAUCACCGUCAAGCGUCUGCUGGAGCGCCGUGCCGUCUACAACCUCACGGUGCAGGCCCGCAGCGGUGGAGGAGUCUCGCUGAUGCCGCCCCCCACCACCGCCGUGAUUUUCGUGUCCCUCCACGACGACGACCGUGGCGUUGCCGCCGCCCCGGCAUUCCGGCGGCUGGCCUACCGCGCCGCCGUGCCAGAGGACGCGGCACCGGGCACCGCGGUCAUUGCCGUGGAGGCCGUCUUGAGCGGGGGGGGCGCGGUGAGCUACGGAAUCGCCAGCGGCAACGAGCUCGGGGCAUUCGACGUCGACCGGAAGCUCGGCGUGAUAACCGUCGUGGCGAAGGCCCUGGACUACGAGAAGCGCCGCCACCACUACCUGACGGUGUGGGCGGCCGCCGCCGACGACGACGCCGCCGCCUCGCCCAGCGCCGUCACCGUGGUGACCGUGGACGUCACUGACGUCGAUGACGGCGCUCCGCGGUUCGCCCGGGGCUCGUAAAGCGCUGUCGUCGGGGAAGACGCCCUGCCUGCCACCUCCUUCGCCGUUUCGGCAUCCGUUGAGUGGAGCGGCGACGGCAGCAGGGACAGCGUCCUUGCCACGGCCGGCAUGUGGGUGGCGAGUCGACCGAUGCGCAAAAUGUGCCUGCGCCGCCUGGACCACGUGCACGCGGUGGUGCAGGGCGUCCGGCUGGCGCUGCAUGAGUGUCGCGACCAGUUCAAGGGCAAGCGGUGGGACUGCACCGCGCCUGGCGCGGAGAACGCGCCGGACCCCACGGCCGAGUCGG